AUGUGUGACCCAUGUUGCAAUUCCUGCUGCGGCCCUUGCGGCCCUUGCGGUCCUUGCGGUCCUUGCGAUCCUUGCGAUCCCUGUGGCCCGUGUGGUCCGUGUGGCCCGUGUGGCCCGUGUGGCCCGUGUGGCCCGUGUGGCCCGUGUGGCCCGUGUGGACCGUGCAAUCCCUGUAAACCUAUCAUCCGCACAGCCCACGACCUAAACUGCAUGCCCCAGUGUCCGACCAUCUGUCCCCCGCAACACUGUGGUCCACGUUUCAUCACGGUGCAGCAGCCUCCUCGGCUCGUUGCUCAGAAAAAGGUUAUCAACUGCACCCGUACCGUUAUCGACAAGCACGUGGUGCCGCAGACUAAAGCGAUCGUCGAGCCGAAGUUGAUCUACCAGCCAAAAAUCAUCUGCGAGCCAUGUAUCAUCUACAAAAAGCGCACCGUACCACAGCCGCGGAUCAUCUACUACAAGCGGAUCGUUCCGGACCCGAAGGUUGUGUGUACUCCGCGCGUCGUGGUGGAACCGAAGGAGAUCUGCACCACGCUCGUGUGUCAUCCCAAGCCACAGGUUAUUCAGGUGCCACCGGCCAAGGAUUACUGCUGUGUGCCCGCUGGAGCUACCUACUUCAACCAUGGCUGCUGUCCACCAAGUGUUGCCGCAAUUUGCGGUCCGAAACGUUGCUAA